AUGAUUCAGUUCUCGCAAGAAUGGAAGUCACAAUUUCCAAUAGUGACUGUGUCUGAAGCACCGCUCUUACUCUCAAACCCGACAUCUAAAUCCCUUAUUGGUCCACUUAUCUUCAACCCAAUUCCUGAAUCACUAGCGCAUCUCUUUACCUCCCCUUCUCUAUCUCCUCCUUUUCUAAAUCCACCACCCCAACUUUCUCUCUCAAGAUUUCUCUCCACUUCAACACUCGCUGACUCUCCUCUCCUUCUCUCUACUACUUCCUCAAUUGCCUCUUUUUGUGGCCCUCCAGAUAAAUACUUUUCUUCUCCUUUGUUAGCUUAUAAUAGACUCCAGCUACUUAAAUGCCCACGUGAUGAUACUGUUGUUGUGUUUUUUCCAACUGGGACUAAUCAUGACAGAGUUGGGUUUUUGUUACUUUCUGUUAAAGAUAAAAGCUUGGUGGCUACUGGGGAUCAAAAGGAUGGGAUUUUUACUGCUAAUAAGAGUUUGGGAUCACAAAUUGUAAGGAUUUUAGUGAACCCAAUUAGGGAUACUUCUUUUUUGGAUGGUAAUUUUUCUUUUACAGGUUCUUUUGGUUAUUUGUUAGUUUAUACUAUGUAUUCUGUGAAUUGGUUUUGUGUUAAAUAUAGUGAAAGUAUGAAAAGGCCUGUUUUGAGUUAUUUAGGCUGUAAGAAUUUUAAAAGUUGUGGAAUUGCGGGUGCUUGUUGGAGUCCUCAUAUACAAGUUGAGAGUCUGAUUUUGUUAGAGAAUGGUUCAUUGUUUUUGUUUGAUUUGGAAGCUAAUUGUUCUCAUAUGUAUUUUAGGGGGACUAAGUUGAAAGUUUUGUGGGGUGAUGAAGGUAAGUCAGGGGAUUGUAAAUGGUUAGGGUGUGAGUUUAGUUGGCAUUCUAUGGUUUGUAUUGUUGCGCGUUCUGAUGCUGUUUUUUUGGUUGAUUGGAGGUUUGGUGAGCUUAAUGUGACUUGUUUAGCAAGGAUUGAUAUGUUCAGUGCGUGUGCUCUAAGUAAAAAGGAACAGUUCUUAGCUUUGUCCAGGGCAGCUUCAGAUAAUGUUCAUUUUGCUUUGGUUUCUGAAACUAUGUUAGUUGUUUGUGAUGUUCGCAAGCCUAUGAUACCAUUGUUGCAAUGGGCACAUUGUCUUGAUAAGCCAUGUUUUAUUGAUGUGUUUAGAUUGUCUGAUUUAAGGUCUAACUCAAGGGAUGACACAUAUGACUGGGCGAAUGCUUCGGGUUUUGGCAUUAUUUUGGGAUCAUUUUGGAAUUGUGAAUUUGGUCUCUUUUGCUAUGGACCAUCCCUUCCUCCUCGUAAAGGGUCCAUUGCCUCGAAAAUUUCUGAAGUUUCCAAUUGUUUAUAUGCUUGGGAGCUUCCCUCAGAUCUCAUGUUAUCAGGUGGUGAUUGUCAACAUGGAGAUUGCCAUGUAAGAGAACAGUUUUGGAAGGAUUCUCUUCCUAAAUGGACUGAUUGGCAGCAGAAAAAAGACAUAGUGUUGGGCUUUGGUGUUUUAAGCAAUGAUCUCUCUUCAUUGUUGUUUGAGCUUGAUGAAUUCGGUGGUUUUGUUCUAAUUAGAUUGAUGUCAUCAGGGAAGCUUGAAUCACAGAGAUAUUGUGCCUCGUGGGAAUUGGUUAAAAAUUUAGAAGUGGCUCAUAGAGAUCCAAUGCUGCUUUCAGAAGACAACUUACUGUACUUCAUUGGUGAUGAGAAGUACAAAUUCCCUAGAAGGUUUAAGUAUUUUGAACUUAACUAUCUACAUGCAUAUUUGAAUGGCAAUCUUUCUCAAGUUCUCAAUUCAAACAUGGAGAAGGCUUGCGAGUGUUCUCAAGAGAAGGAAUCAUUUAGUCUGGAGUUUCAUGAAGUAUUGUGCAAGAAGCUUAAGAUUUGUGGGUUCGACCGAUUUCGAACAUCCCCGGCCAUUAGAGUUGCAUUUAAUGACAUAAACUUGCCAACAAGCAUCCAUGAGCUAGCUUUGAGGAGAAUGUGGGCCGAAUUGCCAAUGGAAUUCUUACAACUUUCCUUUUCGAGCUAUUCUGAAUUUCUUGAAUUGGAUCAGAAAAAGAUUGCUUUGGAAUUUUCAGUUGUUCCAGAACUACCUCAAUUGCCUCCAUUUUUCUUACGGAAGCCUUCAAGCCGCAGCAAUAAGUGGUCAAGUAAAGUGCGAAUUAGUAAUUCCCUUGUGGGUCCAGUCCUUCCUCUCCCUAUUUUGGCUACACUCCAUGAACUUCGUAAUGGCUGCCCAAAUUCACAGGAAGAAACAGGCAGGUUUUCAUCUGAAUCAGAACUUAGCGCUCAAUGCAAUGAAGCUAUGCAGGUGGCGAGGGAAGUGGCUCUGUCAGAUUCUACAACCAAGCUUCAGGAUGAUAAUGCUGUCUCCCUUGAUGAUGACAGAGAUGACACUUGGGAUCAUUCUGAAAAACCAAAGUCCUUCCUUCUAUACCAUCCAUCUGCAUGGCAGCGCUCUUUUGAAGUUGACAAAGAGGAUAAUUGUGUGCAUCAGGAUGACAAUUUUGCUUCCAUGAUUACAAAAGUGCGCAAGAAACAGUCAUCUCGUCCUGAAAAGGGGGAAACUUUCAAACUAGAAUUCUUUGAUGAUUUGUGCCCCAUCGACUUGAAAUUUGAUGCUCGUGAAUUGGAAUUUAGCUUACAAGAGACCAAAAUUUCUAGUCUAUUGAAGAAGAAUUUUUCAAAAUGGCAAGAGGAAUUCACCCCUUAUCGGGAAUUUUGUUCCCAAUUUACAUCCCCUCGUGACAAGGUGGCCUGA